UCCGACAGUAUAUUCCCAGUCGCUUAUCACUCUCAUAACAUUAACAGAGACAAUUUAGAAGAAGAAGAAGAAGAAGAAACCACCUGACCUGACCUGACCUGGAGUGGCCGGAUCUGAGAAACCAUCAUCUUUCUUUUCUUAUGCCAUGCCAGGGAUCUGAUAGAGUGGAUUGGUAGGGCAGGCGCUGCAAUGGAGAAUAGUAAUAAUAUGAUGACGGAACCAGUGAUGAUUUUGGAUUUAAACCAACAACCUGUAGAGCAACCUCAUGAUUCGGUCACUGGCUUACACUCCAUACUGAAUGAGCCAGAAACCGCCCAAGGACGCAUUGAAGCAGUCACCACUAGGCAGUAGCCGCAGCCAUUCUGACAUCCACUGAAACCGAGGAAGGUCAGCCAUAUAAAGGAAACCCACCGGAAAAUUGUCGAAUCCUCAAACACGUGAAUGGCGGACCAGCCGGGCAAGGCCGAAUUGAGCGCAGUGCGGUUCAAAAACAAAAUGGAGGACAUAAGUAACGAUCUCGAUGACACUUACCGUACGGACUCUGUGAUUUCUGUUAAUUGUGAGGGAAAAGUCGAGCUUGGUCCCUGUUGGCGUAAGAUUCCCCCUGCUUCUGUUGAAGAGUUACUCAAGGUUGAGCCGUCAAGACUUGUUCCGGUCCACUGUCGAUGUCGAGGUGAAGAAAUUUCAUGGAAUCAGUGGUCAGAUAAACCAUUCACAAGUUGGCCCACCUAUGAGGAAGCUUGGACUACCUGGGUUGGAAAGAUGCUUCCUUAUUAUGGUGACCAUUGGAAGAAGGCCAACAUCUAUGACGCAAUAAUGCUCUCUGCCAGGCGCUUCUUGCCCGACAAGGCCCUGCUCAGCGCUGGAUUUUGCUUUUGGAAUUCAUCAUCCAACACUCUAGAUUUGCCUCUGGGGAUGAUGAGUGUGAGUUUGCUUGACGUUGCUGCAAUUGCUGGGUUUAGGCCUCAUGGCACCAGUUAUGACUGCACUGGUGAGUUGGGGCUGAAAACUAAAUUUAGUUACUACUUCCAUGGUCGGCAUGAGGCAUAUGGAAGUUGGAUAGCACAGCAUAAUAGGGAUUGGAAACCCAAUGUCAAAAGCAACAAAGUCCUCGUAUUUGAGGAUUUCCAGCACAUAAAGGAAACCAUGCAAACUACCAGAAUCACCGAUCAAGAGCAUAUAUCAUUCCUCCUCUACUGGCUCUGCAGGUAUGUCUUCUGUGUACCUUCGAUAGGCAUUGAAAAAGAAUGGUCUCAUUUGGCACAAGUUUUGCAUCAAAGAACUGAUGUUGCCUUAGGUGAAUUAGUGCUAGCCUCACUGUAUAGGGGUUUGCAAAAAAUCACUGCCAACCCAUUUGAUGGUAAAGCUCAGGGGCCAUUUUGGCUGUUCCAAAUGUGGUUACAGAUUUACUUCCCAGACCUAGGCGCAGUCAGUACCUUUCCUGCCGAUGAGGUUAUGGGGUUUGCUUUGACAAACCAAAUCCCAAAACUACACUCCCCUCGUGAUUGCUUUGCAACGUUAUGGAGUUUCAAAUCAAACCCAUUUUGGACGCACACCUUGACAAGAAGGUAUCCCAGUUUCCUAAGAAAUAGGUUCAUAGAUGGUUCAACGUCCGAUAGUGCCUUAGAUGAGGAAAUAGAAGCUGUGCUAACGAGUGUGGUGGUACAAAGAGAUCUGCUGUACGGAGGGAUCAAAACCGGUAAAUAUUAUGGAGUCCAGGCCGAAUUUUACGGCCCGAACCAUUUCAGUAGGCAGUUUGGUUGUAUACAAGGAAUUCCUUACUCUGGUCAUGAAAGUGUUAAUUGUUAUACCUCAUGGAGGGAUGUAUUAAUAAAUGCUGCGAAAAUCAGAGGCGUCUCAAAUUCCUUUCGUUCUACAAAGUUGAAACCAUUCCUCACCAGGUAUUUGCCAACCUCUGAAACUACCCCAGGCUUUGACAAAUGGUGGCAUAGUCAAACCAAAGGUCGAUUUUCAGCAGAACAUUAUGGGCCCUUUGCUAUCUUAUAUAUGCAUUUUCCAUUCCGGGAUAGCUAUCAUCUAGAAGUUCCAGGCUUUCCACCUGCUGUUGGAGAAAGGGAAGAAGGUGAAGAAGGAGAAGCUAAAGUUGAAAGCUCUCUCCCUACCAACAAGAAUCGAAAGAGGAAACGCACCACAAAUGCUCCUGUGUCAACUAGGCGGAAGACUACUGAAGUCACAGCUGUAGAAUCUGGAAUGAAGACAAAUGGAUUUAAAGAUGAAGAAGCAGAGGAAAUUGAUGGCCGUCAUACCCUGAAUACCUUCGGAACUAUGAAAAAGCUGAGGCCAGCUUUUUCAAGUGACACUGUGAAUAUCAAAACUGAAGAACCCGAACAGACUGAAGGACCAUUGAUGGGAACUGUGGAGCUAGGAAGUGAACAAAUGUGUAGCGAUGAUGUUUCCUUAGCUGCCUUUGCACUUAUCAGGAUGCACCGAGUUCAAUGUGAGCCAACCACGCCAGUUCCAGACUUAAUAGAGAGCAAUGUGGGGACCUCAAACCAUGAAAAGUUGAAAGUGUGGGAAAAUAAUAUAGCAAACUCUGCAUCUGUUGAGGCCUCCAAACCUGCAAAUGAUGAUCCUGCAGAAGCUGCCUCCGAACCCGAACAGACUGAAGGGACAUUGAUGGGAACUGUGGAGCUAGGAAGUGAACAAAUGUGUAGCGAUGCUGCUGCCUUAGCUGCCAUUGCACUUAUCAGGAUGCACCGAGUUCAAUGUGAGCCAACCAUGCUAGUUCCAGACUUAAUAGAGAGCAACAUGGGGACCUCAAACCAUGAAAAGUUGAAAGUGGGGGAAAAUAAUAUAGCAAACUCUGCAUCUGUCGAGGCCUCCAAACCUGCAGAAGAUGAUCCUGCAGAAGCUGCCUCCGAACCCGAACAAACUGAAGGGCCAUUGUUGGGAACUGUGGAGCUUGGAAGUGAACAAAUGUGUAGCGAUGCUGCUGCCUUAGAAGCUUUCUCUAAGAAGAUGCACGGAGUUCAAAGUGAGCCAACCACGCUAGUUCAAGUAUUAUUACUCAAUAAAAAGUUUGGAGUGUUGAAAAUUAUUGUAUUCAACUCUGCAUCUGUCAAGGCCUCCAAACCUGCAGAAGAAGAUCCUGCUUGUUCCGUUAUUGCCAACGUGGUUCGACGCACGUUGGAGAAAUUUGAGGAUAUCCCUUUCGGUAUGCAAGGACAACUAAUGGAGGCAUUAAAUUUUCUUGGAGGCAGAGUUCGAGUAAAUCAUGCGGUAAUUAAUAAAGUGGAAGAGUAUUUUAACGUGCUUACAUGUAUCAAGGAGGACAAAACUAGGAAUUCCAAGACGUUGACUUUGCUCCAAGAUUUAGAUCAACAACGUAGGGACGUCCGGAAUAAGAAGGCUGGAGCAGAAAUUGAAGCAAAGAAGUUGGUAAUUCCAUUUCUACAAAGAGUAGAGAAAAUUAUUGAAUUGGAUAAAAAAAUAAAGGUACUUGUAGCAAGGAAGCGUAUGAUGACACAAGCACAAAAUAUUGCUGAUGAAAGGCUUGCACCAGUUGAUUUGUUGAGAGCUCAACUGUCCAAACACGAUCUUCAGUCUGAAAUACUUAAGAUUAAAUUAGAACUGCACAGUAGCAAGAUUUGGUGUGACACUGUAUAUCAGCUUAUAGACGAAACAUUUGGGAUUUUUUUUUGGGAUGAGAUUUGUGGAACAAAAGGAAUGCUCACUUCCUUUUUGGGAUGAGAUUUGUGGAACAAAAGGAAUGCUCACUUCCUUUUAAUUGGUU